CUCUGCAGGGGUGGCUCAAUUGGAAACAGCUCCCUGGGUGUGAGGCUGGUAGUAAACUCAGGAGGCAGUGAGAACAGGAAGUCAAGUCUCCUCUGGCCCCAGGGCUCUCCUCUCUACGCCCUUGGGGAUGGAACUUCCUGUAAAGACUCCAUCUUGUUAGUCUGGCUCUGACAAAGUGAGUUGGAGCUUGCUCUCAGCUUGCUCAGCAGCCUUCCUCAAUCUUUCAGAGAUUCAAAUUGCCAGACGACACAGAUUCCCUGCAGAAGGACCUCGUGAGGAUUUUGGUGGCCAGACACAUAAUGGGUCACAAUUCCCAAGCUAACACCCUUCAAAGAAGAGCAAGAUGCUGGGGUAUUUUUCGAAGGAGAUUUCCAAAUUGGUCUGAACCAGUCAGUGCUGCCAUGAAUAUUUCAUCCCACCAGCAGCAAGAAGGAGAUUCAGCAAUGAAUGAUGCCCACAUGGAUUCUGGAGUUAGAUACACUCCCUAUGUCAUCCCAUCCCAUCAUUGGAGAAGCAAUUUAUCCAAACAAGACCAGACCCAUGGUAAUAUGGAGAGGGCGCAAAAACCUCCAGAGCGAAGAACUGAGGGAAACAGGCAGAAUGGAACCUUAGGGAGCUGGUUCAAGAUCACAAUUCCAUUUGGCAUAAAAUAUGAAGAGAAGUGGCUGCUGAAUUUGAUUCAGAGCCAGUGCAAUCUCCCUUUUACUCCGGUUGAGUUUCACUAUGAGAAAAUGCAGGCCCAGUUCUUUGUUGAGAAUGCCAGCAUUGCCUUCGCGUUGAAGAAUAUUGGUGAUAAGAUUCGGGAUGAGGAUAAUGAAAAGAUAUCAAUCUUUGUCACUCCUUCUGAGGUACCCUGCUCUAUUAAGGAUCUGCAGUCAGAAAAGGUAGAGCAAGUGAAGUUAACCAUGAACAAACAAUGUGAUGCCUCCCAUCAAGCUCUUGACAUUCAGAGACCCCCUGUAGAACCAAACUUGAUGACCCAUGCUAUUGAAAUGGCACCGAAUCCUAGAAAGCACAUGGUUACUUCCUUGAAUAUUCCUGAAAAGAACAAACCCAAUCUUUCCUUGCCAACCUACCAGCUGGUUGGCAUGAUGGAUACUAUGCCAAAGGAUCUCAGUAUUGAAAACCCAAAUGUCUCCAAAAGUAAGGUGAAGUCUGCAGGGAAGAUGGACAGCGGGAAAGGGCUGGAACCAGAAGAGAUGUGUGCAGACAGAAACUCUCUGUGCACCACCUUCCUGGAUAAGUCCAACAACAUGAACUCCAUCCUGGAAUUGUUUCCCAAGUUAUUAUGUCUGGAUGGGCAGGAGUCACCUAGACCAACUCUAUGUGGCAUUGAAGCUCACAAGAAGUUACCAACUUGCAAGGGAAGUUUCUUUGGAUCUGACAUACUGAAGAAUCUGGUCCUACAGUUCCUACAGCAGUAUUACUUGAUCUAUGACUAUGGAGACCGAAAGAGUCUCCUGGGCACUUAUCAUAUUGAGGCCUGCUUUUCUCUGACCAUUCCGUUCAACCCCAAGGAUCCAGCCCUGAACAGCUUUUGUGAGUAUUUCAAGUAUAACAGGGAUAUAAAGAAACUCAAGGAUUCCUACCAGUGGAAGCAACUGAAGCACACAAAACGUGACAUCUUGGAUACCCUCUGCGUGCUGCCCAAGACUCGGCAUGACCUCAGCUCCUUUGUGGUGGACAUGUGGUUCCAGACGGAAACAAUGCUCUGCUUCUCUGUGAAUGGUUUGUUCAAGGAAGUGGAAGGAAAGUCCCAGGGCUCUGUUCGUGCCUUCAUCAGAACCUUCAUCGCUAUUCCUGGAAGCAAUUCCAGCCUGUGCAUCAUCAAUGAUAAGCUGUUUGUGCGGGACCCUAGCCCCCAGGGGAACCAGAGCCCCUUCUGCAUCCCUAUGGCCACAUGUUCCUCCACCUCUGUGCCUGCCCUCUCCGAGGAGCAGCAGGAAAUGGUACAGGCUUUCUCUGUCCGGUCUGGGAUGAACCUCAGGUGGUCUCAGAAAUUCCUUGAAGAGAACCACUGGGACUACAUCAGAGCUACACAAGUUCUUACUAUGCCCAAGGUAAAGGGCAUGGUCCCAGAGGAGACCCUCAAAAAGACUGAUCCUGAAACUUAAGUACAAAACCCUGAGAAGAAAUUCCUGGGUGUUGUCAUCUUUAUCUUCUUCAUCUUUGUUGCAUUUUUUGUUCUAGUAUGUGUAUUUCUCUAUGACUGACCUGGUUGUGACUGAAAGCCAAAUUCUAACUUGUAGGGCUAACUCUCAUGCAUCCAGAGUCAAGUAUUCCAUGCAUUUGCUCCACCUCCCAGGAUGCCUGUUUAUUUUCUUAAUAAGAAUGAUGUUGUCCAUUAAGUUAAACCUGCAAAAAUCCAUUUGAGACAGGCUUUACUCUCUAAGUUCUGCAGAGAAAGAAACAGAUACUCAGAAGGAGCAAUUCCUGGGAAGGAGUGGAGUAGAGACUCAAAUUUUGGACCCACAUUUAGACCAGAGCUGUGCCCCAAAGAGCUGUGUGGCUUUCUAGGCUGGAAGUGCUCUCUAACACUGUUAAACUUGGCCAUUGGUGUUCUAGGUCCCUAGUGCAUUAGUUAGAUAGUUUUAUGCAGAGAAGUAUUAGUUUCUUAGCCAUACAAAUUUAAGAACAACCCCUUUCACAGGAAAUAGCAUUAAAGAGCACAUGGAAUCCUAUGAAAAAAAUGCCAACAUAUAAGAACUGUCAUACUGUUAAUAUUCUUGAUAAGUAAAGAAAAGGCAGAGAGAAAGGUAACUGACAUUAACCUUGAAUUGCCAUUAGAAGCAAUGAUUAUAAUCACAAAAUCUAUGAAACUCUGUUCAACCAUAAAACUAUGAAAACAUUAACUGUGAAUGUUAAGAUACUAAUUUAGAAAAGGAAAUUAAAUUGCUAUUUUCAGAAAAAUAUAUUGCAUUUGUAUGUAUGUACAUGUGCAAGCAUGUAUCAUAUAUUUUUAUUAGUUUUUUUUAAAGCUGCUCUAAUAAAGUACCAUAAACUAGA